GUUUAUUUUUAUGUUUUAUUUUAUAUGAAACCGUUAUUUUAAAUUAUUUUGGUGAGAUUAGAUAAAAUAUCCAUAAUGGCUAAGGAAGUAACAAUGUGCACGCAAUUACAACAAUGGAGCCCCGUAAAGGAGACAGCGGGUGCUCCAAGUGUGCCUCCUCAAGUAGGCUACUGUUUUCACUCGCCCAAGAAACAUCCAUGGAGGCCUAUUAUGGGUUACGAAGAAAUCGAAGUUACUCCUAUGCCAUCCCAGCCCAUAACCAACACGAUGGUCGAUCCGUGCUACACACCAGCCGGCAUGGCCGCGGAACCGCUCCGCUUUCCGAACCUCGUGACCGGCUUCGACCGGAGCCCCGAGCACGCUGCUCGAGCUGCCCUUUAUACACGAUACACGCAAUAUGAGUGGAAUCAGAAUAGUAUCAAGAAUUACAAUGAGUCAGACGCGAAGAGAAACUUUUCAGAGCGUGUACGGAAUGAUAUUAUGAGGAUGUUGAGAGAGACUGAUGAGAUCGGAACUCAGGGUCAGCGUGACUCUGGCAGACGAAUCGGUGAGCGCAUCACUGACACCACUUUCUGGAGGAAUGAGGUGUCAAUCGAAAUGGAGCGCCUGGUUGGCACGUGCGAGAAGCUGAACGACACGCGGCGGCAGCUGGAGCGCGCGGUGGCCGGCAUCGAGGGGCCGCUGCACAUCGUGCAGGAGUGCCUCUACCAUCGCGAGAAGAGACAGGGGCUCGAGCAGGUCCACGAUGCUGUGGAGCAAUCACUUCUCAAAGAAGUGGCCAUACUCCGCGAAUGCCAGGAUAAAUUCCGGAACAUGCUCGAGAAGGUCCGUCAACAGUCUAAGAAUUGUCGCGCCACACAGAACGAGCUCGAGACAGAUAUGCGCAAUAAAGAAUACGCUUUGGGAAUCGACUCCAUGUGCCAUCAACUGAACAACUUCUCCAAGGGGCUCCAAUUCUACGCGGGGAUAGAGCGCUACGACCCGUCGGUGUGCGACGCGGAGCGCUGGGCGGCGGCGAGCGCGGCCACGCUGCAGCGCUCGCAGUCCGAGCGCGCCAAGGCCGUGCAGAUGCUCUCCGACGCGGAGAACCUGAUAAACGUGUCGGCGACGGAGAUCUGGGACCAGUGGAGCAACACCAACAGCGCCUUCACACGUCGCAUCGCUGAGACCAUCGAGAUCAAGAAUAAACUGCAAUUGCACUUGCACAAGGUGCAACAAGAGAUGUUUGACGUGGAGAAAACGCUCGAGCUGCUAAACAAAGCGAUCGAGGACAAGCUGCAGCCGCUGCGGGUCGCGCACACGCGGCUGCAGGCGCGCACCAACAGACCGCACCUCGAGAAGUGCCGGGACGAGGCGCAGAACCGGUUGGUCAAAGAGUGCUGUGACCUGCAAGAAACCAUGGAAACCCUGAGAUCCAAGAUAGCCACGGCGGAAGGAACGCAUCAAACGCUUUUAGGUGUUCGCGCGGGACUAGAGGCCGACCUUCGUAACAAGUCGACGACGCUGUUCAUAGACCGGGAUCAGUGUAUGGGGCUGAGGCGUGGGUACCCGGUUACAGCGGCUAUCAAAUCUUAAUGUUUCAAUAAAUGGUUCUGGGAA